AUGGCAUCCGCAGUGGCUUUCCCCGGUAGUGAGCUUGCUGCUGUGGAGGCCGCCUGGCUGGUAGCGAAAGUGACGGGUAGUGUGGAGUUUGGCAUUGUCAAGAAGCAUGUAUCUUUUGUUAGCAGACACAUCAGCAUCCCCGCGUCCACUCCAUCUCAGGAUACCUCAGGGUACCCGACACCAACAAGACGGGCUUUGGAUGAUGCCAUUUGGCCGCCCAAGUAG